GGGACAGUUCCUUUGGGUACCGGUUUGCCGUCUGGUAACACUGCUUACACUGCAGCGUAUUGUAUUCCCCUCAAAUGACAAGAUUUAUAGACACGUGUAUAGGGGCUGAAGUACUGAAGUGAACCUCGGCAGUAGAAACUUCAACACUCGGCAGUUUCAGGGAACGUUGUUAUACAGUAGAGACGGAUGAAGGGAAGUAACUUCCUGAAAAUCAUUAGCUUGGUCAAACAAGUGGUCAUAAGCCGGCACAUAAGUUUGACAACAAUGGCUAAGAGUAAAUUUGAAUAUGUAAAGGAAUUUGAACGUGACGAUUGUUGUUUACCAAAUUGUUGGAUUGUGGUUAGAAUAGACGGAAGAAAUUUUUCAAAGUUUUGCGAUGCACAUCAAUUUACAAAGCCAAAUGAUGUAGCUGCCUUGGAAUUGAUGAAUCGAGCAGCUAUUACGGUUAUGGAAGAUUUUAAAGAAAUCAUUUUAGGCUUUGGUCAAAGUGACGAAUAUUCUUUUGUUUUUCGGAAAGACACGCAACUUUACAAGAGAAGAGCUUCAAAGUUGAUGUCAAACGUAAAUUCUCUGUUUGCAUCAUCGUACGUUUAUCAUUGGCCUUGUUUUUUUCGUGGCAAAGAAUUAUAUUAUCCACCUUCUUUCGAUGCCCGUGUUGUAUUAUAUCCAACAGAUAAAAAUUUAAGAGAUUACUUAGCAUGGCGUCAGGCAGAUGUUCAUGUGAAUAAUUUGUACAAUACUUGUUUUUGGAAUCUUAUAUUAAAAGCAAAACUUACUCCGAGUCAGGCAGAAGAAAAACUUAGAGGGACAUUGGCAUCUCAUAAGAAUGAAUUACUUUUUCAAGAAUUUGGUAUAAAUUAUAAUAACGAACCUCCACUUUUCCGAAAAGGUACUACCCUCAUAAGGAAAUUAGUACCUGAUGGAAUAGGUAGACUAAAGCCAGCAGUGGUUCCACUGGUCGAUGACAUUAUCGCAGAUCGAUUUUGGAAAGAAAAUCCAGAAGUAAUUGGAUUAAAAAGUCUAGCAACUUAUCAACCUCCAAACCUUGUUAACAAUGCUAUUAAAAAUACAAUGCCAACAACGACACCGCCAUCGCCAACUACUAACAUAAAACAUAUUAAUAAUGCUCCGCCAUCUUCAGUUGCUAAUGUGAACUCUAUGAACGAAGAAGUGCAUCCUGCAAGAAGUAGAGAAUCAGAUGGAGAAAGAAUGCAGUGUGAAAGUGAACGAAUUUGUAGAAGAUAAACAGUGUUUUAUUUUUGUAUAAUAAUUUGAAAAAUAUCCUAACGGAAAAUAACGAAAGUUUAUUUUCGGUGACUUUGAAAUUAUUAUAAUUUUAUUUUACCUACAGCAGUGGUACUGUAAAAUAUUAA